UCUAUUUGAUAUUGAACACCAGGGUCUGUAUCUGUUCAAAACUUGAAAUAUAACCCUCUCUUUUCCCUUUCACACGUUAUAUUGUGUCUGUAAUUACAAAAGAGUGCGCGGGACCUUAAAACGUUUACUGGGUUUUCUUCAAAACCCUAGAUUGAUUUUUUUCCCGCCAAGACAAACAUGACCCAGAUGAUAAUCGUCACUUGUUCGUAAAAUGAAUCAUCUAAAAGACGAUUUUCUUUUUAAUUCUGUUGGUAAUGAAGAUGAGAACGACUGUGAUGUCCUUUUUAUUUUUUAGGUUUUUGAUUUUUGUUUGUUUGUUUUGCUAAUAUGAUGCGAAGAUUACAAACAAACAUAAUUUGUUUUUAGGGUUUUGAUCUCGAAAUCGAAAAUCCAUGGCAGGGUGGUCGAUGGUAGCAAAUGGGUCUGUUGUAGAUUGCGGCCAAAGAACCUCAAAACAAAAGAAUCUCGAGGCAAAAGGACUCGGGAUCGAUUUUGAACCGUCUUCUGAGGAAUCUAAACUCAAAUGCAAAAAGCUUCGAUUAUGUUUUGACCAAUUUCUUCGCUUUUUUCUUAAGCAGAUCUAUGCCCAAGAUAGCCUUCGGCCUCUCCCUCCAAUGCUUAAAGAUGGACAACCUAUUGAUUUGUUAAAACUCUUUUUGGUUGUGAGAGAGAAAGGUGGAUAUGAUAAAGUUUCGACGUAUGGAUUGUGGGAUUUAGUAGCUAAAGAAUCUGGCUUGGGUUUGAGUGCUUCAGUAUCUAUUAAAUUGGUUUAUGCUAAGUAUUUGGAUGCUUUAGAGAGAUGGUUAGAUAGAGUUGCUGAUGAUAGAAGAGACUCCAAGAGUAAUUCAGUUGAUACUGGCUCAAGUUUGAGUGGGUAUUUGAUGAAGUUAGGAGCAGAGUUUGAAGGUUUUUUAUCGGGUUCAAAGAAAACGGAUGAGGUGUAUCCACAUUUGAAAGAAUUGGAUUUUGAAAAUGAUGUGAAUGUCUGUAGAAAUGAUCUUAGUAUGGUGGUGGAGUCUAAGGGACUUGAAAAAUGUAUUAAUGAUGAGGGAACUAUGCACAUUGGUCCAGUAAAGAGAUAUGUGGAUGCUGUUGAAGUCGUGAAAUUUUGUGAUGAUGGUGAGCUAAAGAGCACAGUUUUCGAUUUAGAAGGGGACAAGAAUAGCUUUGAUUUUGGGGAUUCAAGUCUGGAUGAUGCUGACAUAACAAAAUGUGCACUGAAUUUAUCGGAUUCAGGAGAACAGUGUAAUGAUGAGGAGGCGAAGAGUGUGGUGGUGGGGGAAUCAGAUGGGGGCAAGAACUGUGCUGAUAGUGAUAAAGAUGGUAUUGUGAUGCUAGAUUCGAAAUUUGUCGAGGAAAAGGAAGAGAGUUCUAGUUGUCAUGAGAAAAAGGAAGAGAGGUCUAGUCGUAAAAGGAAACAUGGGUCUACGUGGAAAAUGCUGAGUUGGAUUACUGGGAUUGCCAUGAAUCCAUGCAAUUCUGUGGUUGGUUCAUUACCUGAUAAGUCGAAAUGGAAGUCUUAUGGAAAUGGGGAGUUAUGGAAGCAAGUUUUAUCUUAUCGAGAGGCAGUUUUCUUUAAAAGACAUGUUGAUUCAAGCGUUGAACAAUCUCCUGGUCAGAAAAAUCAGAAGAUGCACCCUUGCUUGUAUGAUGAUCAUGCUGCAUCCAGUUACAAUCUCAGAGAAAGGUUAAACUGCAGCCAGAAGCACCUUUUAGGAAAAACAUCUCAAGCACAGGCUUGUUCACAGUCACUCUCCACAGGUGGCCAGAAUGGCUCAAGCAAGGGAGGGAUGGAAAAUCGUGCUGACAAAGAAUUGCUUCAAUGCACUGAUUCCUCAACUAGACUUUCAGUGUUUGACUAUGACGUUGAGAAACCAAUUCCUAUAGGACCAGGUUUUCAAGCUGAAGUUCCAGAAUGGACUGGUGUGCCUUCUGAAAGUGACGUUAAGUGGUUAGGGACUCGGGUUUGGCCACUGGAAAAGGUAGAACAUAGAUUUUUAAUUGAAAGGGAUCGUAUCGGAAAGGGAAGACAAGAUUCGUGUGGUUGUCAGUUCCCAGCAUCUAUUGAAUGUGUUAGAUUUCAUAUUGCUGAGAAAAGGUACAGACUGAAACUUGAACUGUCUUCAGCUUUUCACAAAUGGAAAAUUGAUAAGAUGGGUGAAGAAGUUAUGCUUUCUUGGACUGAGCAAGAACAGAAAAAGUUCAAGAAUAUAGUGAGAUUAAAUCCUCCAUCUCUUGAUAAGUGUUUCUGGGACCAGAUAUUCAAGUUUUUUCCAGCCAAAAGCAGGGAAGAACUCGUGAGCUACUACUUUAAUGUCUUCCUUCUGCAGCGCAGAGCACUCCAAAAUAGGUCCAACUCGGAAGAAGUCGACAGUGAUGAUGAUUAUGAAUCAGAAUUAGUAACUAACAGUUUUGUGCAUGAAACAAUGAAGUCGGCAAGCUCCAUCUUUCAUUCCCCCAACAAGAAGCAUAAAAGAUCCAGAUAGUACUUGAAAGAUGAGGGGAUGGAAGCUUGUAAAGUCUGUCAAUUUUUGUGUUUUGUUUUGUGGUCAUUUUGGAUAGUUGUUUUGGUAUUCCACUGGAAGAAAGUGAUUUAAAAUUUGCCAGUUAAGGGGUAAUUUUGAAGACAGUUAUUGAAAGCUACGGUGGUGGUGGGGGCAGCCAACUGUAAAGCUCAAGCAACUUGAUGGGUGUUGAAAUGGCUUUUGGUUAGUAGGCUCAGUUUUGAGAUAUAUACAUUCACUGUAUUUUCCCAACCUAAAAAUAUGUUGUACUCUUGUCCUUUAUUAAUUUUCCAAAUGGUCUUCACAGCGGGGCUGAAUUAAUAUAGUGAGGAGCCAAUAGGCUGGAGAGGAGAUGGAUGGAACCAUCAGUACUUCUAGAUUUCAAAUUGUAGCAAUGCCUUUUCUACGGGAAAGAAAUCCCUUGAGUACUAGUUUUAAAAAUGGUGACGUGUCAUUAUUCAAUAGCAUUAGUAGAUAACACACUUUAAUCUUUGUAAAUAAACACUACAACUCGU